UAUUUUUGCACCUAAAAUAGUAAUCUCUUCGAUCCAUAAAACGUCAUCGUUAGAUGUUCCUUUUCUUCGAUCCCUGGCCACGCAAAAUUCAGUCUUCCACCCUAUUUCCGUUGGGUUGGUGUUACGUUGCCGAGAAAAAUUUUCCAAAAAAACAAUGGCCAGAUUCUUCUAAUAGAAGGAAAUUCUUCAAAACACUGCAGAUGUUUCAUUUAAUUUUCUUUGGGAGGAGAACUUGGCCAAGCGUUCAAUUACAUUCUAAUUCAGGAGAUUACUGGAAAAACCGAAAUGGCGGUUUCAUCAGUUCCUAUAUUCAAUAGUUUAAAGCCGCCAAGUGCUUCUCUUAUAGCUUGCUCGACUGUACAUUCUAGGUCUCCGAGCUCAUUGGGUUACAACUCGUUUUGGGUCAAGGGAGGUUUUGUCUGUUCUAGUGUUUCCGAGUCGUCUCGGGUUCGAGCCAUAGUCAGAGAUAAAGGAGAAAGAACAGAGGAUCAUCCACUCGUUGGUGAUCUUGUAGAUAACGUUGGCAACAAGCAGGUUUUGUGGCCGAGGUUACCAGAGCGUGAUUUUGCUGGCACUCCUUAUGUUCCUGUAUAUGUUAUGUUACCACUCGGUGUUGUUGACAUGAAUUGCGAGUUGGUUGAAAAAGAGGGUCUUGUGGAUCAGUUAAGGAUUUUGAAGUCAGUUAAUGUGGAUGGUGUAAUGGUUGAUUGCUGGUGGGGGAUAGUUGAGGCGCAUAUGCCUCAAGUGUAUAAUUGGAGUGGCUACAAGAGGCUUUUUCAUAUUGUGCGAGAUCUUGGGCUUAAGUUACAGGUUGUAAUGUCAUUUCAUGAAUGUGGAGGCAAUGUUGGAGAUGAUGUACAUAUUCCACUCCCUCGGUGGGUAAGAGAAAUUGGGCAGAGCAACCCUGAUAUAUAUUUCGCAGAUAGAGAAGGAAGGAAAAAUUCUGAAUGCCUUACAUGGGGAAUUGAUAAGGAGCGGGUUUUAAAGGGCCGAACUGCUGUUGAGGUUUACUUUGACUAUAUGAGGAGCUUUCGUGUAGAAUUUGAUGAGUUCUUUGUGGAUGGAGUCAUAUCUGAGAUUGAACUAGGACUGGGUCCAUGUGGGGAGCUACGCUAUCCUUCUUAUCCUGCAAAGCAUGGUUGGAGAUAUCCUGGUAUUGGUGAAUUUCAGUGUUAUGAUAAAUAUUUGAUGAAGAGUCUAAGCAAAGCAGCAGAGAUUAGGGGCCAUUCUUUCUGGGCCAGAGGACCAGAUAAUGCCGGUUCUUAUAAUUCCGCACCUCAUGAGACCGGAUUCUUUCGUGAUGGAGGUGAUUAUGACAGCUAUUAUGGCAGGUUCUUUCUUAAUUGGUAUUCUCAAGUUUUGGUUGAUCAUGGUGAUCGUGUGCUUGCUCUGGCCAACUUAGCCUUUGAAGGCACUUGCAUUGCUGCAAAGCUAUCAGGUAUUCAUUGGUGGUAUAAAACAGCUAGCCAUGCUGCUGAGCUGACUGCUGGGUUUCACAAUCCUGCAAAUCGUGAUGGCUAUGCUCCGAUUGCAGUGAUGUUGAAAAAGCAUGGGGUUGCAUUAAACUUCACAUGUGUUGAAUUACGCACCUUGGAUCAGCAUGAGGACUUCCCAGAGGCACUGGCAGACCCUGAGGGAUUAGUUUGGCAGGUGCUGAAUGCUGCAUGGGAUGUUUCCAUACUGGUUGCUAGUGAGAAUGCUCUUCCAUGUUAUGACAGAGAAGGCUAUAAUAAGAUACUAGAAAAUGCCAAGCCCCGGAACGACCCAGAUGGCCGUCAUUUAUCUGCUUUUACCUACCUCAGGCUCAGCCCAGUUUUGAUGGAGAGGCACAACUUUGCAGAGUUUGAAAGAUUUGUCAAAAGGAUGCAUGGUGCAAUAUACCUUCACUUUUCUCAUUUAUUCCUUCUUUUGAAAAGAGCUGACCUUCCAAUGUAUGGUAGAUGUGACUUGGCGCAAGGAACCUUAAUUUCUCGAUUUGAGCUUGCACUGCUUCUACAUGUAUAUAAGCUACUUACCUUUUAUCAAUUAAUUGAAACUCAUGAGUUAAGCCACCUUCAUUUACAGGGGAAGCAGUACCAGAUCUCCAAUUGUUUCCAAAUGAAAAGCCGGCUACACCUGACGGGAAGGAUGGACAAGUCGCUGCUUAGGGGAAGAAAGAUACAUGUAACCUUUGUACACGAUUUUAUGCAAAUAACGACUGAUAUAUAUAUAUAUAUAUAUAUAUAUAUUUAUGCUUAUGAUCAUGAUUCCUUCAAGUGACCAAGGGAAAUGCUUAGGAGAAAAUCUAAAUUUUGAGAAUGCUUUCUACCCCACAUUCUGUAAAUAAAUAAUAUACUGAAUAUUAGUCUAAUUGAUGCCGAGCUAAAUCAUGUUCGAACAUUUAGUUCAGUUAGUUGAGGUUUGAUUUUUGUGCUCAAAAAACAUGCUCGAAAUCCCCUCUUAAA